CUUAAUGAAUGAGCCACCAAGGUGCCUCAGUCUUGCUUUUUCUUGUUGUGAAGAUGAAAUGAUAACUUCUAAGCUCUUUACAUUGAAGUUGAAACCAGAAAUAUACUUUGAGCUCCACAUUCAUCUAUCUGGUAUUUUACUUGACAUAUCUACUUACGCAUCUCAUAUUUGCCAGGCCAAAAACAGACCUCUGAAUUCCUGUCAACCCUUGCUCCAUCCACCAUGCCAUUCAUUGUUCAGAAGCUUCAUGAGAGCAGGAGCCAUCUCCAUAAUGCCUGUAAUCUAGCAAAGUGGCCAGCAUAGAGUAGACCCUUUGCUGUCCAUUUGCAGACUCUCCUUUACAACACGAAUGAUGAGUCCAGCUUGGCUGGAACAGAGAGUGGGUAACAUGGAGGAGAAUGGCAAUUGUGACAGACCAGCAGACAGGACAGAAGAUCCAGAUAGUCACCGCAGUGGACGCCUCCGGAUCCCCCAAGCAGCAGUUCAUCCUGACCAGCCCAGAUGGAGCUGGAACUGGGAAGGUGAUCCUGGCUUCCCCGGAGACAUCCAGUGCCAAGCAGCUCAUAUUCACCACCUCAGACAACCUCGUCCCUGGCAGGAUCCAGAUUGUCACGGACUCUGCUUCUGUGGAGCGCUUGCUGGGUAAGGCCGACGUCCAGCGGCCGCAGGUAGUAGAAUACUGUGUGGUCUGUGGCGACAAAGCCUCUGGCCGUCACUAUGGGGCUGUUAGUUGUGAAGGUUGCAAAGGUUUCUUCAAAAGGAGUGUAAGGAAAAAUCUGACCUAUAGCUGCCGGAGCAACCAAGACUGUAUCAUAAACAAACACCACCGGAACCGCUGUCAGUUUUGCCGGCUGAAAAAAUGCUUAGAGAUGGGCAUGAAGAUGGAAUCUGUGCAGAGUGAACGGAAGCCCUUUGAUGUACAACGGGAGAAACCAAGCAAUUGUGCUGCUUCAACUGAGAAAAUCUAUAUCCGGAAGGACCUGAGAAGUCCUCUGAUAGCCACUCCCACAUUUGUGGCAGAUAAAGAUGGAGCAAGACAAACAGGUCUUCUUGAUCCAGGGAUGCUUGUGAACAUCCAGCAGCCUCUGAUACGUGAGGAUGGUACAGUUCUCCUGGCCACGGAUUCCAAGGCUGAAACAAGCCAGGGAGCUCUGGGCACGCUGGCAAAUGUAGUAACCUCCCUUGCCAACUUAAGUGAAUCCCUGAACAAUGGUGAUGCUUCGGAAAUGCAGCCGGAGGACCAGUCUGCGAGUGAAAUUACCCGGGCAUUUGAUACCUUAGCUAAAGCACUUAAUACCACAGACAGCUCCUCACCUCCAAGCCUAGCAGAUGGGAUAGACGCCAGUGGAGGAGGAGGCAUCCACGUGAUCAGCAGAGACCAGUCCACACCCAUCAUUGAGGUCGAAGGGCCCCUCCUUUCAGACACUCAUGUCACAUUUAAGCUCACGAUGCCUAGCCCGAUGCCAGAGUACCUCAAUGUGCACUACAUCUGCGAGUCAGCAUCCCGCCUGCUUUUCCUCUCCAUGCACUGGGCCAGGUCAAUCCCAGCCUUUCAGGCACUUGGGCAGGACUGCAACACCAGCCUGGUGCGGGCCUGCUGGAACGAGCUCUUCACCCUUGGCCUGGCCCAGUGUGCCCAGGUCAUGAGUCUCUCCACUAUCCUGGCAGCCAUUGUCAACCACCUGCAGAACAGCAUCCAGGAAGAUAAACUUUCUGGAGACCGGAUAAAGCAAGUCAUGGAGCACAUCUGGAAGCUUCAGGAGUUCUGUAACAGUAUGGCGAAGUUGGAUAUAGAUGGCUAUGAGUAUGCAUACCUUAAAGCUAUAGUUCUCUUUAGUCCCGAUCACCCAGGUUUGACCAGCACAAGCCAGAUUGAAAAAUUCCAAGAAAAGGCACAGAUGGAAUUGCAGGACUAUGUUCAGAAAACCUACUCGGAAGAUACCUACCGAUUGGCCCGGAUUCUUGUUCGCCUGCCAGCACUCAGGCUGAUGAGCUCCAACAUAACAGAAGAACUUUUUUUUACCGGUCUCAUUGGCAAUGUGUCAAUAGACAGCAUAAUCCCCUACAUCCUCAAGAUGGAGACAGCAGAGUAUAACGGCCAGAUCACCGGAGCCAGCCUAUAGUGAGCACCACAUGCCUGCCGAGAAGCAAAAGGAUCCUUCCAGGACUGCUCAGAGACCGAGAAAAUAAAGUAAUGGUAUUUUGGUAUGUGCAAAUAUUUCCAGUAUGUUAGCCAUUUCCUACCUGGUUUCUUCUUACCUGUUAAUCACAGACAGUAGCAACUAAAAGACUAGUAGGAUCCUUUCCUGCCAUAAGAAAUGUUUUAAUGCCUUUUGAUGAAGCAGAUUUUGGAACAAUCUUUUAACCCAAUUUGUAUUUAGAAAUUCUCAAAGGGCAAAAAACAGAGUUUUAUAAUGUCAGAGACUAGUAUUAAACAAAACUAAAAGAACCUAAGAGAACAGUAUGUGUGUAUAUAUAUUAAAAAUGUCCUUGGAAUUAAUAGCUACUAAUUACCAGGGUAAUAAUAUUAGCACUUUCUAAGCACUUCUUAUCAAUGCGUAAUGUUAGCAACAUCUUGCCCUUGGGCAGGACAAAUGGAAAACUGUUUAUGUCUUUUGCCGAAAUGCUAAUAAUUCCUGUGAAAACGCACUAGGGUACAGGAGACAAUCAUUUAUGUUUAAGAAGAGAUGGCAUCAUUCCUAAUUUUAUGCACACAUUGGUGGUGGUGAACUAAAUUCCUAUGAAUGAAUGAAAAUGUGGCUCAUCUGUAUCAUGCAGUAAGUGGGAGUGUGGAGGCACAGUUGGUGGUGACCCGAACUGGAAGCUUCCUCGGCUUUCGAGUUGAUGACACUUGUCGGCUUCCCUGACCUCUGGUUCUGGUCUGUGACGGGCAUCCGCAGGCUCCUUCAAACCCGGGGCUCCUUCUCGUGACUGGUUCUCAGAAUU